AUGGAAGCGACGAAUACUCUCCUGCGUCUGCCAAACGGAGAAGUAGCUCAGGGCAAUGUUGACAAUGAGCCCCUCUGGUGUAGUGCGAAACACAUUGGUCUUCAGAUUCCGCACAUUCACUCAAGUGUCGAAGACAUUACACCUGGCGGUCAAGAAGACACUCAAGCAUUCUUUGAUCGUCUUACCCAAUGCGACAACGCUCAGAGUAUCCGCAUGAAGAUGGACGUUUCUAUGAAACCUAUCAAAGCAGAGUCAUUGGCAGUCAAUAGUCUGAAGAAUACGGCGAGUGCCAAUCCGCCACCAUGCGACAGGGCAAUUGAAGCGUACCAGCACAUCGUGGACUUCGCUCCCGUUACGCUGCAGUUUGUAAAUCUUGCCGCUGAGUUGCCUGGUGUUCAAGGCAUCCUAGCUCAAACCGCCCCUCGAUUUCUCUUAGACAUCUACGCAAGUAUGAACCGGGGAACGAAAGAGGCACUCUCGCCCACAGAUUACCAAGGUGUUAUAGUCACUAAGGGUUUAUAUCUACGGGAUGGGAGCCAAAAGACAUACGCACUUACUCGUCGACAUGUAGUGCUCCUUCCAGGCAAAAGAAGUGGAAAGUUCAACAACUAUAGAGACUAUCGGCACAGCAUUUACGAAAAUGCAGUUAUGGUUAUGCAGCCCACAGACGAAGUUUACGAUUAG